AUGUUGGACCGAUUACCAGUAGAAAUAGUCGAACGCAUUGUUGCAAAGAUCCCAGAUACUGACCUUAUUGCAGCGAGUAAAGUAGAUAGUGUGUGGUGGCAGGAGGUUCGUCAAGAAGCAUAUAAGGGAUGGAAAAAUUACGCUACUACAAUUGGGCAUGUCCAAGCUCUUGGAAAGCCGUUUGAAAAAGGGAAUAUUGACUGGAUAUCAUUUGAAGAUGUAAACGACUUCUAUAAAAGAUGGAUAGACCGCCUCACCGAGGAUCAGCUUUAUAUUAUGGAGAAAAUGCUUAGGAAUGGUAUGGUUGUGUACCCCCAGGAAAGGGAAACCAUAGAGCAUGCAUUAAGUGAACAUAGAUGGGGAGGUGAUCCUUGGAGAUUGGACUGGAAGUGGAAUGAUUGGAUUCAACAGGAGUAA